AUGGUCAAGGACCGGCUGGCGGAGUUGAAGAGUCGAAGUAAGUACGCCAACCAAAACGCGGACGAUGCGAUACAGAUUGAUGUGCGGUUGUCUCAGUCGCAGGAGGAGAUCUUUCAUAACCUCGAAAAGUUUUCUCAGCUCACGGCAUGGAUCCGGACGAUUCGGGCGAACAUCACCGACAUGCGGAAGCACAUCGGUUCCUCCAAGUUCCACUACAACGAUAAACCGAUCCGCGAACAGGUGGAGGAAAAGCUGAAGGAGAACAACCAGCUAUGCCAGAACAUCUACAGCUCGAUCCGGACGCUGGAGACGGAACUUGCGGACGAUUGCAACCGAACCGGUGUGCUGUUCCGGAUCAAAAACACGCAGUUCCUCGUGAUCCGGGAUGAUUAUUUGAGCGCGUACCGGGAGCAUGAGGAGCUGGUGAACUACUACGAGCACCGGAUAAUGUCGCUGAUGAAGCUGGAAGCGAAAGCAAUGAAUUAUAACAUCACGGAUGAUGAGGCGCUCGAGCAGCUAACCGGCAAGCAGAUGUCACCGUUUGCGGGGAAUAUACUCGAGGAUACGGAACGAGAGCGCCAGAAACUCCGCGACAUCAUGACCCGCCACAGCCAGCUGGAGGCGUUAGAGAAGUCCCUCAUCGAGGUCCGGGACAUGUUCGUGCGCAUCUCGAGCCUGGUGAUGGAACAGGGUAGCCUCGUGCAGGUGAUCGAGUACCACGCGCAGCAGGCGACCCUCAACACCGAUCACGGUGCGCAUCAGUUGCAGAAGGCGCGGGAGUAUAAGAUUAAAUCGCUGAAAAAGCGCACGUGCUUGCUGAUCUGGAUCAGCACGGCCCUAGCGGUGCUGCUGUUUCUGGUGAUCGUUUUCUAAAGCCGGCGGCGCACUUUUUGGCCGAACGACGAGCCAAUCUCUCUGGCCGUGCUGGUUUUUUUUAGUUAAUUAUGAGCGUAAGCGAAGCUCGGAAAAUAAUUUGCUGCCCUAUUGUUAGUUAAAUUUCUUACCAUAACUAACAUGGCUGAUGUCGCCAUUUAAUCAUAGUUGGUUUUUGUAGCGUUUACUUCAUUUAAUAGCAUUUUAAAUUGACUUGAAAAAGAAUCAAACAAAUAGCAUACAUCUGAUUCGUGGGCGUACGAUCAACAAUUGCAAUUUUACCUUCAUAAUGAGCUACUUUCGCAAAUCAUUGCUAAUCACGAUGGUGAGGCUCGUUUUUUUGCCUUUUGAAUGGCAAAAUAUUCCAUCUGCUCGCGUAUGCAGCUCUCGGUGAUAGAUGUGAUUUUUUUUCAUCAUUCAGCUCAAUCCUAAAUGUGAAAAUGUUUCACAUAUAGCUGUAAGCUUGCCCCUUGUUAAUAAUGUACUUUUUCGUUUAUACUAGUUAAAUAUUUAGUUUGAUUCGAAAUAGUUAGUUCCUCGGACAUUUCCAAAAAGCGGAUUUCUACAUUGAAAAGCUAAGAAAAUAAAAUGUUUGUGCAAUGUAUA